AUGCCCAACGGUGCAGGUAGAAAACGACGUGAUAUUGUAAACCUCCAAAGUUUUCUCAGAAAGAAGGACUGUAUCGUUCAAAUUAAGAACAAAGAUGAUCUCUGCUGUGCCCGCGCAAUCAUAGUGGCCAAAGCAAAGCUGGACAAAGAUCCAAAGUACAAGAGUAUUGUGGAUCACCGUGGAAAAGUACAAGGUCGUUUAGCUCAAGAACUCCAUGAAUCAGCGGGUGUUCCUCUUGGUUCCUGUGGAAUCCCAGAAAUCAAGGAGUUCCAAGCUACUCUCCCUGAUUAUCAAAUCAACGUGAUCUCCAAGGAACAUUUGAAUGCCCUCAUCUACUCAGGUCCGGAAGCCGAAAAACACCUAUACUUGUACCACCAUGACAAUCAUUACGACGUGAUCACCAGUAUGCCUGCCUUCCUUGCCCGUAAACAGUAUUGCCAUAAAUGCAAGAAGGGAUUCGACAAGAUUACUGACCAUCCCUGUGGCGAUCUAUGCAAACUGUGCCAAACCCAAAACUGUCCCAUCGUUGAAUGGAUAUUUUGCAAAGGCUGUAACCGUUUCUUUAAAAGUGACGAAUGCUUCAACCGCCAUAAAGAUGACGCCGGUCCUGCCAAAUCCCUGUGUCGUGUUUUAAUUAAAUGCAAGAAAUGCAAACGUGUUGUUACUCGUGCCAGUCUUCGUGAUCAUCAUUGUGGCAAAGUCAGAUGUUCCACCUGUCAAAAAUACGUCAAGCCUGAAAACCACCAAUGUUAUCUUCAACCUGUAAAGGCGAAGAAGACACGAUCCCCUGAAGAAGGAAACGAUUUGCUCGAUGAUAAUGUGACCGUGGAAAACGACGUAGAAGACACCAAAAACUUGAUGUUCUUCGACUUCGAGUGCACGCAAGACGACGGUAAACACGUCCCCAAUCUCUGCGUAGUCCAAAACGAAAGCGGUGACGAGAAAGUCUUUUCUGGGCCAAACACUAAAGACGAGUUUUGCGAGUGGAUGUUUCAGCAGGAAAACGCGAAUAUGACGUUUGUCGCGCUCGCGCAUAAUUUCCAGGCUUACGACGGGUACUUCAUUCUACAAUACCUUUACAAGAAUGGUGUCGCUCCAGAAAUCAUUACCCGUGGCGCAAAAAUCCUUUCGCUGACUGUCCCCGAGAUGAACAUCAGAUUUAUUGAUUCUCUCUGUUUCAUCCCAAUGAAACUCGCCGCCUUCCCGAAAACGUUUGGUCUCACAGAGCUUCAGAAAGGUUACUUCCCUCAUUUCUUUAACCGUGCUGAGAACCAGGACUACAUGAGGCCAAUGCCUGAAGCCAAGUUCUACGAUCCUGAUGGCAUGAGCAGGGAUGACCGCGAAAAGUUUUAUACAUGGUACAACGACCAAGUCGAGCGUCAAGCCGAAAUUCUGCGAUACUGUCAAUCCGAUGUGGACAUUUUGCGUCGUUGUUGUCUCGAGUUCCGCGAACUUUUCCAUCAAGUCACAGAUGUUAACCCUUUCGCCUCUUGUCUCACCAUUGUCUCUGCUUGUAAUCUCUUCUUUCGUAAAACGUUCCUCCAGGAGAACACCAUCGUCGUCAUUCCUCCUUGCGGAUACAAACCUGAAAACAAACAGUCUGUCAUCGCCUUGAAGAUGCUGACCUGGAUUGCGGAACGUGAUAACAUUGCCAUUCGCCACGCCCGGAACCACGGAGAGCGGCUCAUUGACAAAUACCUUGUCGAUGGUUUCAACGUUGAGACGAACACUGUUUGGGAAGUCCAAGGAUGUCUGUGGCAUGGAUGUGAAAGGUGUUAUGCCAGAGAUACCGUGAAUCCGAUCAACCAUAUGACCAUGCAAGAUCUUAAGCAGCGAACCCUAGAGAAUAUCCAAUUCCUAAAGGACAACGGAUACAGCGUCGUAGAGAUUUGGACGUGUGAUAUUGAGCAUCAACUUGCCACCGAACCCGAGAUGAAGGAUUUCUUCGACAAUUUCGAAAUCUCUGAACCUCUGGAACUCGUCAUGCAUUCUUUGGUGGAAGGACUAACGUAACACGCCUAUACUACGACGUCCAGCCAGAAGAGAAGAUCCGCUAUGUGGAUUUCUGCAGCCUCUACCCAUGGUAUGUAUCUUGUUAAAGUCUUUUAACUCAAACGUGCUUGUCGUUAACCUUCUUAAGCAAUUUUUAGGUGUAACAAAUACGGCGAGUAUCCAAUUGGCCAUCCCGAGAUUAUUACUGAAAACUUUCAACCUAUCAGUGACUACUUUGGGUUGGUGAAAUGUUCUGUGCUUCCUCCUCGUGCCCUAUACCACCCCGUCCUCCCUUACCGUACUCAGGGUAAAUUGAUGUUCCCGUUGUGUCGUACCUGUGCCGACAACCUUCAACAAGAGCCCUGUCAUCACAGCGACGCCGAGCGAACACUUCAUGGGACUUGGGUGACUUUGGAGCUCGGGAAAGCACUAGAGAAAGGCUACAAACUGGUGAGAAUCGACGAAGUUUGGCACUUCCCCGAGCACACGGAUGGACUGUUUAAGGACUAUAUUGAUAAGUUCCUCAAAAUCAAGCAAGAGGUAAGGCUUCAUCAUAUGUGUGAUAUUGUCACAUCAUUAGCUUCUUAUUAAUCCUUUCUCUUUUGCAGGCGAGUGGCUUUCCACCGGAAUGUGACACCGACGAAAAGAAGGGGCAGUACAUCGCUGACUACGCCGCAAAAGAAGGUAUUCAGCUGGAUCCAAGACAGAUUGUGAAGAAUCCUGGUCUGAGGGCGUUAGCGAAGCUCAUGUUGAACUCUUUUUGGGGUAAGUGUAAUGGCAAAUUGUCCACUAAUUGUACUUGCUUUUCGUAGGGAAAAAACAAGUGUUUGUUAAAAACCUAUCAUUUCUUGUAGGAAAGUUUGCGCAACUACCCAACAUGACUAAGGUCAAAAUCAUAUCGGAUCCAGCUGAAUAUUUUGACCUCCUCUCCAGCGAUCAGAUUAACGUCACCGACGCGAAUUUCAUCAAAGACAAGCUCAUCGAAGUCCAUUUUGAAAACGUUGACGAAUUCGUGGAAGCCGAUGGAAAGACAAAUGUGGUCAUCGCAGCGUUCACCACAGCCCACGCCUGCCUCAAGCUGCAUGGUGUCCUGGAGCAGUUAAAUCGCCGAGUCUUGUAUUUUGACACAGACUCAGUAAUUUAUGUUUCAAAGGAAGACGAAUGGGAGCCGCCGACGGGAUCCUAUCUUGGUCAAUUAACAGAUGAGUUAGAUGGAGGUUACAUUACCACCUUUAUGUCUGGAGGUCCUAAAAACUAUGCCUACGAGACAAACACAGACAAAACAGUAUGCAAAGUUAGAGGGAUCACCCUCAACUACAGAACUGCACAAAAGGUUAAUUUUAAUUUAAUGUGUGAUAUGGUUUGUUUAGAAGCGUUGCCUGAUCUCACAGAUAGCAUAACUGUAAAUAUACCAUACAAAAUAAAUAGAGACACUAAAGAGAAAAGUGUAAAGACGAGGAGUGCGAACAAGGACUAUCGUAUUGUAUAUAAUAAACGGGUGAUUGUAAAUAAUUUUGAUACAUUGCCUUUUGGUUUUUACAUUAAUAAAUUAUUUCAAACAUAA